CACACACACUUCAGUUUGCGGAAUUCAUGUAAAUCGUACGGUUUAGUUUUCGACGAGUACAAUUUUGUUAUUUAAAAUUAUUUCUCGAGACGAGAAUUUGUAUGGGCGAAAAUAUAAAAAAUAAUAAUAAUUGUCAUUGGUUGUGUAUAUCAGUUGAUGUAUUCUACGCUUCAGAUAAUAUUGAUAAGAAAGCAAAUUGACAUUCAUCAAAAGGCAAUUUGAAGAAACAAUUAUUUUUUUCGGGUAAAACUGUGUUAAAGUGUAACGUGAAAACAAGUUAGAAACUAGUAGCUGCCUAAUAAUAGUGUGUGUAUGUGAAUCCCAAAACAACUAACAACUGUUUCAGCUGAAAAAUUUGAAAUAAAAUUAAAAAAAAAAACCGUGACGUCAAUACGUUUGCAUAAGUUUCGGUUUGCCUGGUUAAAUACAACAAUUUUUCUUCCGAAAACUUACUCAUUUCGGUGGUCAAUUUUCUGCGUGUAUAAGCAGCUGAAUUGAAAUUCAAAUACCAACUGUAUUAUUGUAUACGUCAUCCGUCUACGUAACUCGUGUGGAUUACAAAUAACUCAACAAAUAUCUCCUAGCAUUUUUCUGCAUUUGGAUCUUAACAUCGCAUCAUUUUCAACCUACAGCGAUAAUGGCGAUGCCAGUUCACACAUCAUCGGAACACAACAAACAUCCCAGGUCGCUAGGCACGUUGAAGUUGUUUCUCAGUAAUCCGUGCGGAUUCGAAUCACAGCUUUCGGGAUCGGAUCCAUCCGAUAGUCGACCACAGUACGCAUUGGAGAACAAAGAUGUAAAGUUCUAUCUGGGAAAGAUUGAAAGUUCGGCGAGAACGGGACUGUCCGACUUUAAAACAGGAUAUUUGAAGAAUUUCCUGCUGACUGACUUCAACAUACCUCAUUCGAUGGAGGAUCAAAUUAUCGUUAGCCAUCAUGAGGCAUGGAAGCAUCAAUCCAAUCCGAAUUUACUGCCGAACGGGAAGCAUUUGGAUAUUGAGUUUUUGAAAGAUUUAUCCGAUGACACGAAACUUUUGGCCGAAGAAUCUGCUCGAAAGUUUGAUAUUGCUAGUGAUGAUGAUAAACAACAAUUGCUAACAAUCCUAGAAGAUUGCGAUGAACGUUUACAACGGCUGCUGGUGGUUUUCUAUCAAAUGCACCAAAAUUUGGACAACUUUAAGAUUAACUUCCGUCAGGACGACUUCGCCACCGAAAACAUUCGCAAAGUGUAUGCCAAGGCUAUGGACAUUAUCCGGAACGGUUUGUGUGACGUUCGUACGGCCAUGCAUAAGUUGUAUCAGAUGAGCGGUAUGAAGAAUCAACCAGCACGCAUUGUUGAUGUUGAGAAUAUUUUGAACAAUCCAUUUAAAACCGAUUCGAUUGGUGACUGGGUAAAUGUGCGUCAGUUGCACGAUCAAUUGGAAUAUAUGACACGGUUCUUCGGUAUUUGGGUGAAUGAAAUUCAAGAAACGAAAUAAACAAAAUUGUUUUGGGAAUUUCGUUUUUUUGGGAUGAGUCAAUGAGUCAACGGAUAACUUUUUUUUAAUUUGUCAAAAAUGACUUUUUUUUCUUCUUACUGUGCAUUUUUCUUUUGUAGUGAAUGACGUGACUGUAGAGUUUAAGUAAUAUUUUUCGUGCAUAAAACAAAAAAUUAUUGUGACACUAAAGCUGCACUCCCUUUGUAAAUUAUUCGUUUCAUUGAUAAUAUCAGCUGUCUCUUCGCGGAAUGCAAAUAUUCCAGGUAUACUCUAGGCAUCACGAUAUUUCCUAAUAUUAAAGGAACGAAAGAAACGCGAACCAGACUAUGGGUAGCAUUUACGAAUAACCGUUUUUUUUACUCGUUUCGGCUAUAUAUAUUUACGCAAUCAAGGUGGAUUGGCCGGUGAAUUGAUCGAUCUGAUAUUAUCAAUGUUUUAGUUUCGGUCAGUUAGUGAAUAAAGUGAUUUCAAUGAGUGAAAAAAUUAAUCGUCGACCAUUUAUUACCUGCGAUACAUUUGCACUAAAACCGCCGACAACAUGCAAAUUCUAUCGUAUUUAAAACUCACUGUUUGGUGUAUGUCUUGAAAUCAUUUUAUUUAUGUACCACCUCGAGACGAUCACCUUUAAGAUCAAAAGAAACGUCAAGUUAAAUCAGAUAAGAA